UCAUAUAUCAUUAAUCAUUCUCCUUCUCUCACUUUCUGAAAACAUUUUCAUUCCAAUGGCGUCCUCUAACAAUGGCGUUCCAGCAACCGGCAAGGGUCUGAUCGUCAGCUUCGGUGAGAUGCUUAUCGACUUCGUACCCACCGUCUCCGGUGUCUCUCUCGCCGAGGCUCCCGGGUUCCUCAAAGCCCCCGGCGGCGCCCCGGCCAACGUCGCCAUCGCCGUGACCAGGCUAGGUGGCAAAGCUGCCUUCGUUGGAAAACUCGGAGACGACGAGUUCGGACACAUGCUAGCCGGGAUCUUGAAAGAGAACGGUGUCUCCGCCGAAGGAAUCAACUUCGAUCAAGGUGCCCGUACCGCCUUGGCCUUCGUCACUCUCAAAGCCGACGGUGAGCGCGAGUUCAUGUUCUACAGAAACCCUAGCGCCGACAUGCUCCUUAAGCCAGAGGAGCUCAAUCUUGAGUUGAUCAAAUCGGCUAAAGUGUUCCACUAUGGGUCUAUCAGCUUGAUCGUAGAGCCAUGCCGAUCGGCGCACAUGAAAGCGAUGGAGGCGGCUAAGGAGGCCGGGGCCCUGCUCUCUUACGACCCCAAUCUACGGUUGCCCUUGUGGCCAUCAGAGGAUGAGGCGCGUGAGCAGAUUCUGAGCAUCUGGGACAAGGCGGACGUCAUCAAGGUCAGCGAUGUCGAGCUUGAGUUCCUAACCAAAAGUAACAAAAUCGACGACGCCUCCGCCAUGUCGUUAUGGCACCCCAACCUCAAGCUCCUCCUCGUCACUCUUGGCGAGCAUGGCUGCAGAUACUACACCAAGAAUUUCCAUGGGUCUGUGGAUGCUUUCCAUGUCAAAGCAGUGGACACAACUGGUGCUGGUGAUUCAUUUGUUGGUGCCUUACUUACGAAGAUUGUUGAUGACCAAUCCAUCAUUGAGGAUGAGGCAAGGUUGAAGCAGGUUCUAAAAUUUGCAAAUGCAUGUGGAGCCAUUACCACCACCAAGAAGGGAGCAAUCCCAGCUCUUCCCACUGAGACUGAGGUCCUCAGCCUGGUCAAAGGAUCUGCUUGCAAUUUGAGUAAAGGGAAUUUUCCGACCUCAGUAAUGCUAUUUCUUUUUUUCAUGUUUUCUCUUUUAAUUACCUUCCUUUUCACUUAUUUUAUGCUGUAAUGAUAAUAGACAAUGUGCUCUCAGCGGCAUAUUGCUGUGAAUAAUUUCGUUUUUAAUGCCGAAAGAAAAAAAGUCAUACAUAAUAAUACGAGCUCAAAGCCCCUUCAAAGUUUGGCUU